AUGGGUGCUUGCAGACUGAACAUCACAGAGCCCGCUGUCUCUGGUCAGGGACCAACUUCGGAACACCAAGCCACCGUGAUUAGUUCUCAGUAUAUUGAUAAAAAAAAGUUCGGAUACAUCGUGAGCUUUUGUCACCGUUACGACAAGAUACGAACGGCGGAAGACUCGUGGUUAUUCAACGCUGCCCUCAUCAGUCACCUCAGAAACAACAGUGCAGGAGUGGAAGUCAUCUUCAACACCGGGACACGUCCUCGAUGUAGGGAAGAAUCGAACGAUUUUUACCUGCUGUUCCUGGCGAUGUGCGGAAGAGUCGCCGCUUUUCCCGUGUCGGAGCUGGUGGAUGCGGCGGGGCGGUUACAGACCCCCGCCCUGGGCUGUGCAACCUGCGCCCCCCUGGCGCUGCAGAUACGGAGCACAACGGCAGCGCUGCGGGACACCCAGUUGUGCGAGUUUUUCUCCUUCUGUGACGGGGACCAGGGCUCGUUGCUCACUUACGACUUCAACCUGCCGCAGAUCCGAGCUCAGGACAGAUGCACUAUGAUCAGUUUCCACAAGGAAACAUGCCUCAGAGCGAUUGCAACAGGUCUCCAAAAAUACCACCCCUUCUUGGUAUCAGCGGAAACAUCUAUCGUGAGCUCAAACGAUCAAAUGGUAUGGGUGCGAUCCGGCUCCUGGCGCCUGUCUGAAUUGUUAAUGCACCAGUUGAAUGUCGAGUUUGGCAUCAGUGGUGUGGGCCAGAGCGAGUUGGAAGAUUCUGUCUCGGACUUGGUGUCAAAAACAGACUGGAACAGACAAGUGAACGUGUAUGUCACCCUGCGAGACUUCACUCGGUUCAUGGAGAAAUCAUCCCGAGCCCUUCGCUUCAUGAGACUGUGAGACCACAGACUUGGCAGAGAGAGAAGGAACUGCGGAUGCUGGUUUAAACUGAAGAUAGAUACAAAACACUG